AUGAAAUUUGUCAGAAAAUUUCAAGCGGAACUCCCAGUAUAUUAUGAGAAAGCUAUUACUGAUUAUCUUCGGAAAAUCGGAGAGUUGAUUAAGGAGAUGGUCGCGUCCGGAAUUAAUUUCUUAGAGAAUGUACUCAUUGUUAUAACCGUUCCUGCGGAAUAUUUAGAAAAGGAUAAAGCAAUUAUGAGAAAAUGCGCAUAUAACGCCGAACUUAUUAAAGAAAGAUAUUCGAAAAAUUUACAAUUUACUACGGAACCUGAAGCUGCUGCGGUUUAUUGUAUGGAAAAUAAUUUAAAAGUAACCGAUCUUAAUACUCCAGAAACUACUUUCAUGAUAGUCGAUUGCGGCGGUGGUACAGUAGAUUUAACUACGCGUAAAUUAUUGAAAGAUAAACAAUUGGGUGAAGUUACUGAGCGAGCUGGAGACUUUUGUGGAAAUAAUUCCGAUUUUACUAAUUAUGAAAUGGAUAUUGAAGAUGUAGUUCCCGUUGUAAUGCAAUACGUAACUGAAGAAGUACAAGAGAAGAUGGAAGAAAAUGAUUGGGUAAUAGAAUUUGGAUACGAUGAUAUCAAAUCAAUGUUUGAUUCCGUUGUUGGAAGAAUUAUCAAAAUGAUACACAUGCAACUGGAUAAUAAUCGAGAAACGUGUUCUGCAAUGCUUUUGGUAGGAGGAUUAAGCCAAUCGAAAUAUUUGCAAGAAAGGAUUAAACAAGAAUUUCAACAUCGAGUGAAAAAUAUCUCAGUUCCACUACAACCUAUUGCAGCAAUAUCACGGGGUGCAGCUUUAUAUGGAUUAAGUAUGAUAAAUUCGGCGCCCAACUUCGAGAAUUCUCAUAAAUUCGUAAUAAAUGAACGUGUCUUAAAAUAUACUUAUGGAAUUAGUCAUGUAUGGAAAAAAGGAGAUCCAAUCGAAAGAAGGCGCUCUAACGGACGUAUUCAUAAAUUUCUUAGCUUAGCACAAAGAGGAACUGUAGUAGAAAUUAAUCAAGAAUUUACUUCGAUGAUAUUCCCAAUAUCUUCGACUCAAAGUGCUGUCGAUUUUCUUAUUUAUUUUACGGCUAAAUAUAGUGCACAAUAUAUUGAUGAAGAUGGGAUGGAGAAACUUGAAAGUCUUUUAAUAUCUCUUCCUGAUGUUCAUUAUGGAAGAAGGCCUAUAUUGUUUGGGCUGACAUUUGGGCGAAUGGAAAUAACUGCUUCAGCUAAAAAUCAACUUAAUGGACAGAAUUAUCAAACUACAUUAAAAUUUGAUAUAUAA